UCGCGUUUACGUCAUAAUAAAGCGACCUUAAAUUCAGCACGAGGAUGACAUUUUAGUCAGAGUAUUUUAGCUCGAACAAGUCAUUAAAAUGUUUAUUUGAAGUAAAAACAGGGAAACGGAUUCAUUCAAUAUUCGGACUUUUAACAGAUAAAUAUAUAAUGGAUGACCUGGGUCUGUCUGACUGGCUGGUUAAACAAUGUAAACAUCUGGGAAUCAACAAACCCACUCCUGUUCAGGAAAACUGCGUCCCUGCCAUCCUGGAAGGUCGGGACUGUUUGGGCUGUGCCAAGACCGGAAGUGGGAAAACAGCAGCGUUUGUGUUGCCUGUGCUGCAGAAACUGUCAGAGGACCCGUAUGGGAUCUUCUGUCUGGUGCUCACUCCCACCAGGGAGCUGGCCUACCAGAUUGCAGAGCAGUUCAGAGUCCUGGGGAAGCCUUUGGGUCUGAGGGACUGCAUUAUCGUCGGUGGAAUGGACAUGGUGAGUCAAGCUGUUGAGCUGUCCAAUCAGCCUCACAUUGUCGUAGCAACGCCGGGCCGACUGGCCGAUCACAUCCGCAGCUCCAACACCUUCAACAUGGCCAAGAUCAAAUUCCUGAUUUUGGAUGAAGCUGACAGGCUGUUGGAGCAGGGUUGCACUGACUUCACCAAAGACCUGGAGGUGAUUCUGGGGAUCUUACCAGCCAAACGGCAGACGUUGCUGUUCAGCGCCACACUUACUGACACCCUGCAAGAGCUGAAGAGCAUCGCCAUGAACAAACCUUUCUUUUGGGAGAGCAAAUCAGAAACUCGGACAGUGGAGGAGCUAGACCAGAGAUACAUCCUCACUCCAGAGAAGGUGAAGGACGCCUACCUGGUCCACCUGAUCCAGACAUUUACUGACGAGCAUGACGACUGGUCCAUCAUCAUCUUCACCAACACAUGCAAGAACUGUCAGAUUCUUACCAUGAUGCUGCAGAAGUUUUACUUCCCAACAAUCUCCCUCCACUCCAUGAUGAAGCAGAAACAACGAUUUGCAAACCUUGCCAAGUUCAAGGCCAGCGUCUAUAAAAUCCUGAUUGCCACAGAUGUAGCAGCCAGGGGUUUGGAUAUUCCAACUGUCCAGGUCGUCAUUAACCACAACACCCCAGGGCUUCCCAAGAUCUACAUUCACCGAGUCGGACGAACAGCCAGAGCAGGGAGGAAUGGGGUGUCCAUCACACUGGUGACGCAAUACGACAUCCACCUGGUUCACGCCAUCGAAGAGCAGACGAACACCAAGCUGAAGGACUAUCCAGUGAAGGAGAAGGAUGUCUUGAAGAUCCUCACGCAGGUCAACGUGACCCGACGAGAGUGUGAAAUAAGACUCGACUCAACAGACUUUGAUGAGAAAAAGGAGAUAAACAAAAGAAAACAGCUGAUUCUGGAGGGAAAGGAUCCGGACCUGGAGGCUAAAAGGAAAGCUGAGCUGGAGAAGAUCAGGAGCCAGAAGAAGAAGUUCAAACAGAAAAUCCGGGAGAGUGUUCAGAGGCAGAACCACGGACAAUUAAAAAAGAAAGCGAUGAAGAAAAGACAGAUAAAAAGGAAGAAAGAAGCGGAGUCAGCUGCAUCGUGAAGACAGCUUCAGCUCCAAAUGUUUUUUGCUGCACCUGCAGAUGAACAUUCAUCUUUCAAACCGCUUACAUUAACAAUCUUUGUUGAUUCAGUUUGAACAAGUGAACCACCAUCUUGUCAUGAAAUGUCACUGCAAAGAAGACUUCAGGCUUCAAAUAUGUAUCUACAGCUUAUUGAUGCCUCAGUCCAGUUUAGCUCCAGCUGUGUGACAAAAUCGGUCGUUUUGGAUCUGACCUUUAGACGCCACAGACUCAGCAUUCGUCAUUCUAUCGGCUCUAUAAAAGCAAACAUGAAAAUGAUCAAAUUCA